CACGCCGCCUCGCCCCGCCUCUGGCCUGGAGCGCGUGAGGAGCUCGCCGCGGAACUGAGGAGAACGCCCGGGGCGAGCCAUGGCGCUCGCGCUGCCGGAGGUCGUGGAGGAGCUCCUGAGCGAGAUGGCCGCCGCUGUGCGGGACGGCGCGAGAAUCCCGGAUGAACAUCUCUCAUCGCUGAAGUUUGUGUUUGGGUCGUCAGCCAUCCAGGCCUUGGACUUAGUUGACCGAGACUCUGUCACUUUAAUCUCAUCACCCAGUGGAAGGCGUGUUUACCAGGUGCUUGGGAGUUCUGGCAAAACAUACACUUGUCUGGCUUCCUGUCAUUACUGCUCAUGCCCAGCGUUUGCCUUCUCCGUGUUACGGAAGAGUGACAGUCUGCUGGCAUUUCGGGAGACAUGGGUUACAGUUCAGACAUGGUCAAGUUCAAAAACCACACCACACACAACCAAAAUGGCACAGAAAUGGCGUCAAGAAACCCCAAGAUACAAAUCUCUUAAGGACAAUUUCAUUAGUGUUUAGGAAAAGACCACGGUACCGGUUCCCUGAAAAUCCCAGCAGCCUCCAGGAGAGAUGUUUAUUUGGAGGUAGAAGUCAUCAGAGAGCUUGCUGGAGCUGGUUCACUCCUUCCACUCCGUGGGCCCCAGGCAUUGAACUCAGGCCACCAAACUCAGCAUGGGUCAGCAGUCAGAGCGUUGGAUCCCCUGGAGUUGGAGUUAUAGAUGGUUGUGAGCUGCUGGCAGGGGUCCUGGGAACUGAACUUAAGUCCUCUUUAAGAACAAUGAGCAUUCUUAACUGCUGUGUCAUUUCUCUAGCCCCCAAUAUUUAACAUUUUUAUGUUAAUAUUGAACAUGUCAAUGUCCCCAUUUACCUUUCAUUGACAACACUCAGGAGUACUUGUGUCUGCUUAAGUUUGGUAAAACAAUGUGGGUUUUGUUUUUGUUUUUGUUUUUGUUGGGUCGUUUUUUAUUUUGUUUGUUUGUUUUG